AUGCAAUCAAAUGGUAAACAUAAUCAUCUCGUUGAACCAGAAGAAAUCGAAGUAAAACUUUUUCGAGAAGCUCUUAAUGUACAUGUUAUCAAUGAAACAACACCGAUUUCGAAGAUAUUAUAUGAUGAAGAGAUGGUUAAAGCUCAUUUAUCACCAGAAACUCUUGCAAAUGUACCACUGGUUUCCAGUAUAAAUUCUUCAUUGAAUCGAACACGACGAAAACGUACACCAGUUCUUCCGACGUGUUGUUCAUUUGAUAUUCCUGAUUUAUACCAAAUUCACUUCGUCGCAAAACAACUCGACGUAUCAUUUGAUAGCUCGGUUAUUUUCAUGGAUGGUACGUUUUUAGCAACGCCGUCGAUGUCUGACCAAAUCUGUCUCGUUUGUAUGGUCUUUCACCAGAUCGAAAAAAAAUCAACGUACCAACAACUUUUUAAAGAAUUAAAAAGUAUUGCGGCAUUGAAAAAUAAAUUAUUUCAACCUGAAAGAGUUGUUAGUGAUUUUGAAAUCGGUUUGAUAUUAGCUGUAGCCGCUGAAUUUCCUCAAGCUAUUCAUCAAGGUUGUUAUUUUCAUUACAAUCAGUGUAUUAAUCGACGUAUUCAAAGUUUAGGCUUAAGCACAACUUAUGCUGUCGUAAAUUAA